GGGUCACAAGCCCCCCUCCAGCUCUGUCGCUCCCCAGGAAAAGGCUGCGGGGGGUCUGAGAGGCACCAGCUGGGAAAGGGGGCGGGGCCUGGGGAAAUGAUGAGCGGUGGGGGGGAGGGUCAGGCUGGCCCCGUGGACCUCCCUAACCUGGGCUGGAGAGAGCGGAAGCGGCCCCAGGGCAGUCUGGGACAUGUAGUUCCUGACUCCCUGGACCGGAAGUGACGUUGGGCGGGAGAGAAGAAGCCGAAUUGCAAACGCGGGCGGUCGGCUGCGGCUCUGCCUGGCUCGCGCGGGGCCGUUGGAGCCUCUCCCGGGGCCGGAGAAGGGUGUGUGACUGAGAUCAGGGCUGCUAUCGUACUGAGCGUGGCCGUGUUCUGCCAGGCACUGAAGAGACCCCAGGCUACAGAAUAACGUCCACGUUUUGCUCCAGAUCAUCCCAUCCUCCCAGAGGGAAGGAAACGGCUGCAAUGGAGCUGGCCCAGGACAUACCACAAAAGCAUCUGGCCCCCUUGGGAAAAGAGAGAGAAGCAGCCAAAGCCAAGGAGGAGCAGCAAAGCGAGGAGCUGCUGGUAGGUGCUCAGAGCACCCUCCCUCCCCCCUACACACUUAGGUUCGCCUGGCAUAAGAAUGACCUGAAACAGACGGAAGCCGAGAGGCAGAAGAUUGUCUGGGAGUGGAAGGAGCUGCGAGGAUUUCUGGAGGAGCAGGAGCAGCGUCUGCUGUCUCGGCUGGAGGAGCUAGAGAGAGCCAUUGUCCAGAGAAGGGAUGAGGGGGUCUGCAGCCUGUCGUGGAAGAUUUCCCUGCUCAGCAAGAGGGGAGGAGAGAAGGGGCAGCAGCCACUGAGCCAACCCCUGCAGGGUGCUGGGAGCACUGGGGGCAGGGAGGACGGGAUGUUUCGGAAGCCAAAGCCCUCGUUUGCGGAGCUGGAGAAGAGACUCAGUGAUUUCUCUCUGAAAAGUGCCAUGUUGCAGGAGGUGCUGCUGGGAUUCAAAGAGACACUGCAAUGGGAGCUGGGGAGCGACACAGGAGACAGAGUAACACCCAUCUUUGGCUCCAGAUUGUCCCAGCCUCCCACGGGACAGGGAAGGGAACUGGCUGUAGUGGAGUCAGUCCAGGGGCCGGUGACCUUCGAGGAGGUGGCUGUGUAUUUCACCAGGGAAGAGUGGACUCUGCUAGACCACCGUCAAAGAGCCCUCUGCAGAGACGUCAUGCAGGAGAACUAUGAGAAUGUGACCUCGCUGGCAGGUGAUGCAAUGACAUGUGAGAAAGAGGAGCAGAAUUCUCAGCCUGAAAAUGUUGAGCAAGUGGAUAAACACAGAGCAUUAUCACAAAGAUCGAAAAGGAAUGUGUGCAGGAGUCAUGAGCAUGGAAACUCCUGUGAGAUUCAGCACAGACCAGAAAGAGAGCAGGGAAACCAACCAGGGGAGAGAAUAGGUAAAUGUAUUUCCUAUCGGGGAACUCAGACGGACCUCAACGAAACCACAACACAGCAGGAAAUCCUCAUGGGAAAGAGAAAAAAUACAUGCACUGAAGGGUUUCUAGUUUCCAAACCUAAUAUGAUGUCCCAGCUGGAACAGGGGGAAGAGCCAUGGGUCCCAGACCUCCAGGGUUCAGAGGAAAGAGAGAUCCUAAAAGUUUCCUGCACAGCAGGUGAUGCAAUGGCAUGUAAGAAAGAGCAGAAUUCUCAGCCUGAAAAUGUUGAGCAAGUGGAUAAACACAGAGCAUUAUCACAAAGAUUGAAAAGGAAUGUGUGCAGGAGUCAUGAGCAGGGAAACUCCUGUGAGAUUCAGCACAGACCAGAAAGAGAGCAGGGAAACCAUCCAGGGGAGAAAGCAGGUAAAUUUAUUUCCUAUUGGGGAACACAGAAGGACCUCAAGGAAACCACAGCACAGCAGGAAAUUCUCAUGAGAAAGAGAAAAAAUACAUGCACUGAGUGUGGGAAAAGCUUCAUUCGCAGAUCAAGCCUUUCUGUUCAUCUGAGAAUCCACACAGGGGAGAGGCCCUACAAAUGCCAUGAGUGCGGAAAAUGCUUCACUAGAAGCUCAGACCUUUCUGGUCAUCAGAGAAUUCACACAGGGGAGAGGCCCUAUGAAUGCAGUGAAUGUGGGAAAAGAUUCACUCGCAGCUCAGCCCUUUUUCAACAUCAGCGAAUCCACACAGGGGAGAGGCCCUAUGAAUGCCGUGAGUGUGGGAAAACCUUCAAUCGAAGCUCGCACCUUAUUAAUCAUCAGAAAAUCCACACAGGAGAGAGACCCCAUGGAUACAGCGAGUGUGGGAAAAACUUCAGUCACAGAUCAGCCCUUCCUGUUCAUCAGAAAAUCCACGCAGGGGCAAGGUCCUAUGAAUGCUGUGAGUGUGGGGAGAGCUUCACUCGAAGAUCAAGCCUUUCUCACCAUCAGAAAAUUCACACAGGGGAGAGGCCCUAUGAAUGCAGUGAGUGUGGGAAAACCUUCUAUCGCCGCUCGCACCUUAUUACUCAUCAGAAAAUCCACACAGGAGAGAGGCCCUAUGAAUGCAGUGAGUGCGGGAAAACCUUCAUUCACAGAUCAGCUCUUUCUAUUCAUCAGAGAAUCCACACAGGGGAGAGGCCCUAUGAAUGCAAUGAGUGUGGGAAAAACUUCACUCACAGCUCAGCCCUUUCUAAACAUCAGAGAAUCCACACAGGGGAGAGGCCCUAUGAAUGCAGUGAGUGUGGGAAAACCUUCUCUUGGCACUCAGCCCAUGCUAAGCAUAAGAGAAUCUGCAAGGGAGAUCAACACCAUAAAAACCUCUAGGGUUAUCCAUACUUUCUUUUCUCUUAUACUUUUCCUGAUUCCCACAUAGUAACUUUUAAAGCUGUUUGAACUGUUUUCAGUAGUGUUAACCCUCAGCUUGUCCAGAUGAGUGGCCCAUUUUUGCCUUUUGCAAUUCUCCCUCUCUUGAAGUGGGCCCAUUUGUCCUUUCUAUUGUCCCACAAGUUCUCUUCCUAUCAGGAACCAGGGAGCAUCACAUUUAUACCAUUCCUCCUAUUGCAAAGUUGUUAGGGUCACCAAUGAUACAGAUUUUAUCACUGCCAGUUGUUCUCACAUUUGCUAAAGAACAGCUAUAUUGGGAACUUUUCAAGUUGUAUAUAAAUGAAGAGGAGAAGGGGCAGAAAAAAAGUAUCAUUUCAACCUCUCUGAUACUGGAAGGAAACAGGGUGAUGCAGAGAUUCCCUCCUUCCUCAUCAUUGCAGAACUGUUACCUUUUGUCUGAGCCAUGUAGAGUUUAUAUUCAUCACAUUCUAUCCAUCCACUUCUCAAAGUGUCAUUUGAUGAAGCAUUCUCCAUUGUCUGUACUUGGAGAUGAUGCUUUGAGUUCUUUAAUGCUAUACUAGAGUUGUUAUGAUUGGAGAUGAAAGUGUCAAAGACCUGGGAGGGGAAUUCAAAUGGCUCCCAAACAGAGUGUGAUCAUUUGGAGUUUAAAUCCCAGGUUCCAUCUAUUGGUAAAGCCACUUCUGGCAAGGGGAUGGUUUCCCCCUCAUUCUGGGAUGCUUGGAUACUAAAAAAAUUGUAAAUAACAUAACUGACUAUAGGACAGUGCUGUGUGAAGCAAGUUUAAAUGGAUCAGGGAAGAAUGUGAUGGGAGAAUCUCUUGUCCUGAUUCUGCAAACUCAUAUGUAACCUGCUCUGGAUUUUCACUUCACACUUUCAUUAUCAUGUAUUCUGUCUCUCUCUGAUGUGGGUUUCUAUCUUUCCUUAAGGCUGUUUGGUCACCUCAUUAGAUAUUAGUUCAGUUUGAUGGGAUGUAGCUCAGAUUUAUUGGAGAAUUUAAGACCAAUGAGCAUUUGUUAAAGUCGUCAUUUCUCACUUCAGCUUUGCUUUUUCCCCAUCCCUCCAUGAUGACAUGGAGGAAGUUGAAGUGCAGUUCUAUCAACAGGAGAGAACUCUCUAAUUUACUGGACAGGCUAACAAAGACACAGCAGUGAUUUAAAAUCUCCACUCAGAAAUGGUGAACAACAGCACAACCCCAAGUAACUAAAGGAAGUGCAUAUGAUCACAGUGUAUUUCAGUUGUUCAAGGCAAUAUUGUCUCCGAUGAUCUGGGAAGAGAAUUCCAUGGUAAGUGGUUUUGAACUAGGCAGACUGCCCAUGUGUUUGGUUCCCAAAGCAUUUGUAACCCAGUCUUACAGAAGGUCUAUCCUACCUAAUCUUAUGCUAUGGGAAAUGCAGCCCUUCAUGACACAGAUAUUGAGAAAAUAGAAGUGGGAUUUUGGUUGAAUUUAAUCUUUGUAGGUGCUAAAGAUGUGUAUAAAAUGAAACCAGUGUUGAAAAUGUAAUAGCUUCAGAAAAAUAGCUAUUCUUGAACAGAAACUCCAGCUCUGGUAACUAAUGGAGAUUCUGAUCCAGGCCUAUAUCCAGUCUCUUGCCUGGACCUGUGCCACCAAAUUAAAGAGAAACUGGGCAUGUUUUGGGAAGGCAUUCCUCAUUAACACUGCUGAGAUUUUAAGUGGUUUUGUAAAGGAUUCUACUUCAGAGAAGUGUAAAUUUAUCCUAACCAAGACCAAAGAUUUGGAAAGAGCUGAGGUUGAAAGAGUCCACGCUCAGUUCUUGGCUUCCUCUCCAGGAAAGGAAGCCUUGGUGGCUAAUGACCCAAGGAAGAUUGUUUGUACCAUUCCACUUACCAGCUCAGUGUCACUGGUUACACUUCCAAAGUAUGCCAGGGUUAGAUUGAGAACAAUCAUCCUUCUCUGUUUGGAUGCAAAGAGGGAGUGCUUCAUAGGACAUUGCUUCCCUGUGGAUCCCAAACUGGCAGCCUGAUUGGAUAACAAGGCCUUUCAGGCUGUAGAAAUGAUGGUAACUCAUGAGGCAGCAAAUGUGUCAAGCUCCAAUUUCAGACUUCCGGAUAUGCGCAUGUUGAGUCCUGAUUCCAUGUUUUUUUUCUCUGAUGCUGUGGCUACACAAUUAAGCCGAUGUUGGCACAGUUGCACCAAUGUAGCUGCGCUGCUGUAGCACUGCUAUUACAGAUGCUGUCACCCAGUGGGAGAGAUUUCUCCCAUCAGACUUGAUUAGUCCAGCCCCCUCAACCUGGGGAUGGCUACGUUGUUCUCCUGCUGACGUAGUGCUGUCUAUAUGGGGGAUUAGGGCUGUUUAACUACAUAGCUCAGCAGUAUGGAUUUUUCACACCCCUAAGAAAUAUAAUUGUACUUAGUGUAGACCAGAGUUUUCUCUUCUGUUUUAUGCAUUUUCAUUACUUCUCCUCUACCUCUGCCUACUUUGAAAGAUUAAAAUGUGUGAUGCACACAUUCUGACAUAGGAGACUUCUUCCACCAACACACAUGGCAGAAGAACCAGGGACAUAUGAACUCUCAGAAGUGGUUGGGACCUACGUUGGGACAAACCACAGCUUGAGCCAAGGUUCAGAUGUUGGCAAUGGGGACUAAAAGAAAACUAACAUAUGUGGCCAGAAUUUGUGAUCUUCGAAUAUGUUGUUGUUACUAAUGGAAAUGAAAUUAUAGGUGAAGUGUAGGUUAAAAAGUAACAGACUAUCUGUGUGAUUAUUUUGGAAAACUGAAAGUUGUCUUGUUUUUUGUUUUGUUAGUCAUACAGGAAAUGAUGGCUAAUCUUGAAAAGUAAAUUUGAUUUAAUUUACUCCCUGUAGUAUAAGGAGUUCUGAUAGGAAACUUCCCUCUGAAGGUUGGGGUGAGAGAAUGUGUGUGAGAAAUAGUGUAUAAGAGAAUAUUGGCCCAGUAUAUAUUUUAAUAUUUUGUGUUUUCAAAUAGAACUUAUUUUACUUAGUUUCAAAGUCAAUUUCUAUUAAAAGGAGAGCUACUUGAGAAGAUAAACUAUAUACGUUUUUUCCCACUUAGACUGUAAGCAUCACUGACUUCCCCACUUCUCUAGUUUGCAAAGGAAAGGCCUGACAUCUGUCAUAGGAUGUGUCCAGCAGGUAGGAAAGCUGCAGUUGUUAACCAUCAGUACCAAGGAAAAGGCUGAAGUCCAUUGCCCUUCAUAUCAAAAAGCCAUCUAAAGGGUGGUCUAUGCUGAAAAGCUAUGUUGACAUGGCCACAUCUCUCAGGGAUGUGAAAAAUCCACUCCCCUGAGAGAAGUAGUUAAUGUGACCUACGCCCCAGUGUAGACAGUGUUAGGUUGUCAGAAGAAUAUUUCCAGUGUUUGAAGGGUAGACAGAGCCUUAGAUCGAUCCCCUUUGAGAAUCGAGUUAUGACAUCAAUUCCAAUUUUGACCCAUCUCCCUGUAUGUGAGAAAGCUGCUAGUAUGGAGGGCGAGCCAGGUAUCCGAUCACCUGAUUCAACUGAGGGAAAAGCUCUUAGUGCCCAUCAGUCCAAAGACUGAGAGAAAUGGAGAGUUCGAACCAUUGUCAUUUUAGUAUCUUAUUGUUCCUCUCUCUGUUUUUUGUGUUGGCCUUUUUGUUCUAUCACGGUGUGACUGUAUGGCUCAGUGCAUGUGUGACAAACGCUGAUUGGUGCCAAUUGGCAAAAGGGUCACUGUUAUUCACAAGCGACUCCUGUCUCACCUGACAAACUCACCACACCUAAUACACUGAUUUUAUGAUAUUUAUCCAGGAAGCAUAGCAGUGAGAUCUCUACUGAAAGCUUGUAAAUUAUUGAUACUCCUAAUCACUGUGACAGGUGUGUAUGAGUCAGACUGAAGAAGUAAUGUAAAUACACGGAAAAUUAUGCCCAUAUGGUAUUAUCAUGGAAGUGAAGUAUCAGAGGACUAGCCGUGUUAGUCUGGAUCUGUAAAAGCAGCAAAGAAUCCUGUGGCACCUUAUAAACUAACAGACGUUUUGGAACAUGAGCUUUCGUGGGUGAAUACCCACUUCGUCAGAUGCAUGUUCAUGGAAGUGAGUCACCCAAAUCAUUGGUCUUGGUGGGGACGUCCCAUUCCAGUGGGAGGGAAUUGUCACCUGUCGCUUGCUAGCCAGUUAUGUGAUGUGUUGCUCCAUUGUCAACCUUUGCACCAACCCAGAAAAGCCAACGGAAAACUAUCAAAGACAAACUAUAAACCUCAAAACCCUGUGGAAAUGAAAAGGACAAUGACAACGAGGAGAUCUUCUUUUCUAUGAAUAAAGACAAAAGACUGGUUCGGUCUAUAACAGGGUGGAGAAAAACACUCUGGGUCCAUUCACCAAGGAGAUCCCUAACAACCAGUGGUGCUUCAUCAAAGGCAAUCACUGCAUUAGACUGAAGUGUGAGGUGAGAAUCUGCUUAGAUAGGGAGAGGUAACUAUUAAAAAGUGUAGGUUGCAUUUUGCAAUUUUGUUCUGUCGGUGUUUGUUUCUGUUUAAAUCUCUAUCUCUUGUUAAAUAAAUUUCCAUUUGUUUGAUAACUGUA